AUGUUUUCCGAAGCAGUUGCGAAUGUGCAUGCUUAUGAUCAUCUUUUUCAUGAUGACUCCAUACAACGCUCUAUUGUCGUGGAUGACGAAGUUGCCUGUCGUUCUGCCAUCGAGAGACUCUUUGACGAUGAAGCCGAUGGGCUGCGAUUAAAUCCUAGGUCUGUUCUGAAUGAAAUCCAUCAAACAUCCAGAAGUAAAUAUAGCCGUACUCUCAGCACGGAGGCUAGUGAGCUGGAUUAUCAUGGCGCGAGCUCUGCUUCAAUUCUUUCGUUCGACCUGGAGCGGACUAGCGAGGAAGCAAGGGAUUCUGCACAACUUCUGAUGCCAUCCAUCCCCCUUGCAGACAUGGCUAAAAAUGCACUUUCCGACAUUGCAUAUCUCCCAGAAGGGGCUAAAACUGAUGAAAGCGACCUGCAUUAUUUUGAGGUUAAAGAUGAUUGGGUAUUGAGGAGGCGUAAAAGUGACCAUCUCGACGCACUCUACGGUUUUAGUGAAGCGACGCUGAGUUUGAGUUUAACUCAUGCGGCUACGAGCUUUAUUCAAACUGAAGCAGCACCAAAGGUCUUAACACAGGCGAAAACUGACAAAAUGGAUGAGCUCCGACCGAGCAAAGUUGAGGAAUCUUACAUAGAACGGAGGCCCGAUGCAAGCGCAGCUGAGGUUAUGUGCCUUGUCAUGCAAACACCGAGAGCAGUAAACCUUUUUCAUCAGUUUGAAGAGAAGGAUCAACAUGGAGACAUUAAAGAUGAAAAUAAAGACAAGCAGACAAGGAUUGAUGAAAGUUAUGAGGAGACUGCAGGUGCCUCAGCUGAAGCCACGACUGAAAAAUGGAUCGAACAGGCGGAUCCAAAGGAAAAGGUUAUACUUGACGUUUCUAGCGAGGCGGAACGACGGCAGAUAGACGAGUCUAGAUGUAGUUUGAUGAUUCAGGCCAUGAUUGAAUCUUUUGUGAAUACGUUCUUAAAUGACUGUGUGUUAGAAGCGGCUACAAAGUUUAGCCUUUCUGAAAAGAAAGAUACCGAAAAUGUGACUUGUAGUGACAAUCCUAAGCUUGAUGUAUGGAAAGAGACUGAGGCGCAGAGUAAGGGGGCAAACACCAACAUGACCAAUGACGAGGUUGUCGCCACCAACACAUCGUUAACUUUAUUAGCGUCGAAUCUUCGACUUUUUCCGAAUGAGGAAGAUAGGGAAACCUGGUCGAUAAUGACAUCCGUACCUCAAAUUGAUGUUGAGACAACGGACCAUAUAAAGGGCGGACUGGAGGACGAUAGGGGUGCUGAGGAAGUGCGGGAUACAUCACCUAAUAGAGUUUUGAAGCUUUUUUAUCCUGGCGAGCGCGGUGAGGUCGUGGAAAAUCACAUCGCCAGCGCGGUUGACACUGGGUUAGAUGCUAAUUGUGUGAGUACAGUACGCACAAGAAGCGAAGCAAUGGAUUCCAAAGAACUUGGUCGGAAGCAAACCAUUGCGCCUAUAAUCCUACGCGCCUGCGAUGAUCUCCUUGCUAGUUUUCUUCGGGAUGGGGUAAUACAAGCCAUGUCAAUUGAAUCCUCAGAUAUGUGUCAGUCAGAGCGUCGAAAUAAAGUGGAGGAAUCCGUCCAAUCAAUUGUUUACACCAUAGAGGAAGGUACUUCAAUAGAUUCAACACCGGUGUCGGAAUCUAUUCAGACAAAUUCGAGAAUUGAGUAUAAUGAUAUCGCUAUAGGACAGACUCCAGGUCAAACGAUCGUUGGAGUGACGCGUGACCCGAAAGGGCAAGUGGCGGGCGUCAACAUAACCCCCACAGCGUUGGCGUUCUUCUCGGAACACUUUCUAGAUGAAUGCAUGGGGUUGGCCUUUCACAAUUUCAUCUCUUUGAGCGAAGUCGGGCCCUCGGUCAUAUCACACGAUUCUAUCGCUCGGGCUAUAUCCCCAUUUCUUCCGCCCCCCGCGGCGAGAGGCGACGCGAACACUCGACCUGACGAUUCCGUAGCCGCGCGGGCGGUGGCGACCUAUUUCGUGGGCGAUCCGCAUCAAUUUGUAAAAGAUCUUGAGAUGGCGUAUUUAUCAUCUUCCCCGUGUGCGUUCUUCAAUCUCGACGGCGAUACUGCGCGUUUUGCCGACAACCUGGGCGAACCCCCCACGUCGGCCCUCCUCAAACAUCUGAGCUGUGAUCAGGUGCAAGGUGUGAUGAAAAAAGGAAUAUUGCUUGCCCUGAAAGACGUCAUCCGCGUUUCACGCUCUUCGGUUUUGGGCAAAUCACGCCUUAUUGCGAUAGCAGAGGGGAAUGAAGGAACUUCAGGGGAUCAUGCGGAUAGGAAAGCAAGGGAGGAGGACGGACCGAAUUCGUUUUUUUACUCCUUACCGCUCGAGUGGGAAGCCGCAGUGGAUGCUGUUACGGAGCGCCUUGCGCGUGAUUUGAUUCUCAGCGCCGGGAUGAUGGUUUUGAAAGCUCGCGCCUAUAAUUUGCUGUACUCGGAGCGCUUUACUACAGAGUACGGCACGGACUUGGAUUGUUUUAGAACCGUAAAUCUGCACGAGCUAUUUUCAUCAUCUAAUUUUUCUACCCAUGAUCUGGAAUUGCUCUUUUUAUUCUACAUGGAGCAGGCCCGGUCGUUGGGAUCCUGUGGGUCCAAUUGGGCCCAAUUAGGCAACAUCCCAGACAGAGGCGACGCGGCAUCCGAUAAUAAGCUUGAGGCACCGGAGGAAGAUUCCACAAUUAACAACGGUAACGGGGAUUAUUCAUCUCUAUCGCUACUUCCAUCUCACAAGUCGUUAGUUCUUCCACUUUUUAUAUCCGAAAGCGGCGUUGGGGAGGGUGCAGAAUCUACCGCAGCGGAGACAACUCAUACACCAAACGACCCAAAGUACGGCUCGAAUACCCGAGGGCACCUCCCGCCGUCCGCGCUCUUAAAUGAAAACAUCAGCCUCUUCACAUAUCCUAAUUACCAAAGUGGCAUGGGUAGGGAUGGCGUAAGAAAUGGUUUACGAGGGCCACACGCUAAUGGGCAUGUACGAGCAGGCAAUUUUAAUGAACCAGAGAAUAAGGGAGGGGAUUGCUGGACUUAUGCUAAUGUAUCAUUUAUGGAUGCUCAGCGUUCAGGGGUAUCGCAAUUAGUCUUAGGACAUUGCUUAGAAAACAUUAUGGAUGACAUGGUGAUGGACACCGUGACAUGGAUAUCUAAGUUGAUUUCUUAA